UGCAGGAGCACGAUGCUGCGUUAGCGGCAUGAGGACAGAGGGACAGGAAGGGACAUUACGCUGGAUCAAACCGAGCCUUUGAACAUCUCUGGAGAGGGAGUGAGGCGUGAAAUGAAAAGGCGUUCGACCCGCUGAUAAAGUAAUCAGGAGUGUGUGUGUGUGUGUGUGUGUGUGUGUGUGUGUGUGUGGCAGUGAUGGGAUAAAUGGAUCUGCAGGAGGUGAGAGGAAGUCUCCGCGCGGUGUUUGGGAUAAAGCCCACGACGGAGGAAUAUCUCUCGGUGUGAAUCCACUCUCUGCCUGCCGUACGCUCGGUGUAUCCUCUACAACACCUGCUGGGCUGGGUUUGUUUCCCCAGCCCCCCCCCCGCGACGCUCCCUGUGUUUACCCUCCAGAUGGAUGCAUGUGCGAUCGCCUCAUUCAACAUUAACCCACCAAACAAGCGAGCGUGUUGUUGCCCUGAAGCCUGACUGCAGCUCUCCGUCUGACAGGAGUUCAAACGUCUACAGCGAGGCGUGUGAAGACUCGGGAAAAACAGGAAGUCCAGAGCUGCGACUGCAAACCACUUCCAUCCCGACUCUUCUGCUGUUUACUGACUAAUGGAUUCUUGUCAGGAUGUUGGUCUAAACCCAGAGGGGAUUUACUCCGACCUGAAACCGAGAGGCUGGAAACUACGACUCACUGACUAGCAGGAGACUAUUCCAUUUAACGGCUUAGAGUUUAGUUUGAUGGACGUCAGGGUGGAUGAAUCCAAGAAUCAGAAAACCUUUCUGCCUGCAACAGAGCCAAAGGUAGCAUAAUAUUCAUUAAGAGGCAUGAAAUAUUAAAGAAGAGAAUAGAAAAGAGAAUGUGAAGCAGGCUAACGUGUGACAGCUAUAACCCGGGUCAGACUAAUCGCUGGCAUCAUGCAGGGCGUGGAGGCAUCAUGGUGCUCCGUGGUCCUGCUGUUAGUCAGUCUCCCCCGCCCCAUGCAGGCCUCCCCCUGCCUCCCUCAGGACUCCCCACCGGCGUGCCUCUGUGCCUCAGACAUUCUGAGCUGCACCGACGCCGGUCUGAUCCGCCUCCCCGCCGAGAUGCCGGUCUCCACCGUCACCCUGGACCUCAGCCAUAACUGGCUCCAGCAGCUGGACGGCGGGGGCUUCGAAGGACUCUACCGGCUGGAGACGCUACGGUUAUCUCACAACCAGCUGAGCACCGUCCAGCCGGGGGCGUUCAGAAACACCUCUCUGCUGCGACACCUGGACCUGUCGUCCAAUCAGCUGCGUACGUUGGAGCUGCACUACUUCCUGGACGUGCCGGCGCUGGAGGAGCUGCUGCUGUUCGACAACCGCAUCGUCCAGGUGGAGAACCGAGCGCUGGCGGGACUCGGGGGCCUGAGGAAGGUCUACCUCAGCCACAACCGACUCACCAACUUCCCCUUCUUCUCCCUGCACAGCCAGCCUAACCUCACCACGCUCGACCUCUCCUCCAACCGGCUGAACAGACUCCCCCUGCAGGAAGUCUCUGACCUGCCGGAGCCGCUGCAGAGGGGCCUCUACCUGCACAAUAACUCCCUGAUGUGCGAGUGCUCCAUGUUACGGCUGUUCCGGCUCUGGGAUCAGAUGGGCUUCCCCUCUGUGACGGACUUCAAGCAGAACCACAGCUGCCUGCUGUUCGUGAUCCCGAAAGCCCACGCCCGCUUCUUCCAACACGACCGCUACUUUGGCGAGUGCGACAUGGCGCUGAGGCAGCAGAAGGGCAACGUCUCCGUGAGGGUGGGGGAGAGGCUGCUGCUGCACUGUGUCACCUCGCUCACCGGCCGCAACCUCACCUUCCACUGGUUGUCUCCGAGGCAGGAGUACGUGACGCCGCCUGGGAACAACGGGUCCUUGAGGAUGUUCCCCAACGGCAGCCUGGAGAUCUCGGAGGCCCGAUCCAACGACUCUGGGAUCUACUUGUGUUUGUCUCUGGAAUUGGAGCAGCGGCGCAACGAGAGCCAGGAGGUGAACGUGACGGUGCUGCCGCUGCACGACGAGCUCCCAGAGCCCUUCAACACUGGCUUCACCACCCUGCUGGGCUGCGUGGUGAGCCUGGUGCUGGUGCUCAUGUAUCUGUACCUGACACCCUGCCGGUGCCCCCACUGCCUCAGGGGCCCCCCGACCCCGGCCACUGCCACCCCUAGCCAGGGCAACGAGGCCAGGGCGGGCAGCGCGCAAUCCUCUAUCCUCACCCCCACCCCGCCGGCCACCACCGAGGGCCCCGGACGCAAGGUCAGUACCAACAAGCAUGUGGUGUUUCUGGAGCCAAUCAGAGAGCAGCAGAACGGCAGACUCAGGGCAGCACCGGGGGGGCAUCUGGGUCCGGGGUUACUGCUGGGGGCUGAGCAGCAAACAAAGAACCAGCCGAGGGAGGCGGACUCCGUCGUAUCCAUGGUCCCCGACACUCCCGUCGUGCUGCCUUAGCAUGCUAACGAACAGGGUGCUAUUCAUUAUGCUAACAAGGACAUGCGGUGCUAACCGUCCGGCAGAGCUUAGCUUUGUAUCUAGAAAUAAAACAGUUCAUGUUUUACUAACAUUUCACAGCCCAGAAUCGUCGAACAGAGACGCUUAUUUGCGAUUUACAUUCGUGUCCAAACUUAAACGCUCAGUAUAACGGUAAGGUAGGGUGACCAGAUUUGAGGUGGCGAUUGUUGGGGGGUGGGGGGAAGCGCCAGUCAAUUUAAGUACACACUUAAUGGUCCCAACAGUGAAAACCGGGCGUUUUCAUGAAUUUAUAAACCCCCCCGGACAGGACCUAAAAAGAGGACAUGUCCGGGCAAAAGAGGACGUUUGGUCACCCUACGUAACGGGAUCAAAUUGCGAAUUUCAACCCAGUGCUAACAGGAAAGCUAUUAUAGUUUAAAUCUGUAAAGUGGUGAAAGAAGACACGCAGAAACCUUCCAAAGUCUUUGUUGUUCAAGGUUAUUUCUUCGGGGGGCAAGGUCUGGAAUCUUAUUCUGGUUUAACUUGAACCAAAUGCUGACAGACAACCUGACUGAGCGGGUCCAAAGCAUGCGGAGGACCUUUGACUUUGUUAUUGUAAAGUAUCCACCGUGAUAUUCACCCGGCGUGUUUCCCACCUCGGGAUAUAUUAACGGGCUCUUUCUGACUCCAUGCUAACACCUCACUGUAGAUCUGAAGUCUGAAGCUUGUUUAGAAACUUUAUACGUAAUCAUUUUACAACCACCAGCUCACGGGAGCUUGAUUCAGAUGCGUCGAACUAAAAGUUCCUCAAGUAUUUGAUUGCGUUUUUAUAGAGGGCUUCAUUCGGAGCUCGGGUGUUUACAGGAAGAUCCUCCACCAUUAGCUUAAGCAUUAGCAUUAGCAUUAGCGUAAUGAAAAGCACCGCCACACCUCACUAUCUCCCGCCUCCUCCUCACCUCUCCCCCCUGCACCAGACCGGAGCAAACCACUGAUCACACACUCACACACACUGUUGUUUGCCCUCUUAAGCCUCACCAUGACCCAGUGCACUGUGACGGGCUCGCACAAACAACAGCAGACCAAAAACCAGAAAGCAGCCGACCUCGGGAGGAUCUGCGAACACUGCCUCAGCCCGAGUGACAGAGUAGAGCAUGGACGGUCCCUUUAAAGCACGGCUUGUACCUUUAACAGACAUUUGCUGCAGAUGCCUUCCACAGAGACCGAGAGAAACAGCUUUUUCUAGAGCUUUUUAGCAUUUAUGUUUUCCAGUCCGAGCCAAAGCAACAUGCGCAGUGUAGCUCUGUCCCCAUGUGUUCACAGUAGAAGAAGAGCUUUUAAGAAGUAGUAAACUGUUUAACCCCCCCCCCCCCAUCAUGAUCACUGUCGGGAAACAAAGGGAAAUGAAUGAAGAUCAUUAACGCUGCAGGAGAACAGCCAUCGUUUGGAGACUUUUUACAGGUUUUAUUUUCCUGCGUUGUGAAAAUGCAGCAGGACUAAUGGACAAUCAGGGC